ACCUACAAAAUAAUAUUGCUCGUGCACGUAUUUAUUUCAAUAUUUAAACAAAAUUAAUUUUUCAACUAUUAAUAAUAUUAGUAAUUUAUACUACACUUGUAAUUUAUUUUCAUAAAUACUGUAAAUUACAGUAAUUUUUUUUUUUUUUAAGAGAAUAGUAACAAACACUUUGUGAUUUAUCUAAAAGUGCGCGAUAACGCCUAAUCAUCAGAAGCGGCAAAAUAUCAUAUAUGAAAACAAAUGUUUAUAAACAUAUUUAAAUGUAUUAAAGUUUAUUUUUGAAAUUUCCCAAAAAUGAAAUUGUAUUGUCUAAAUAGUGAACCAACAAAACCAUGUCUCGUUCUAAGUUUCAAGGGAAUAACACUAAUGUUAGAUUGUGGAUUAAAUAUGCAAUCGGUGUUAAAUUUUAUGCCAAUGCCUUUGGUACCCAGUGCAAGAUUUGAUUCCUUACCAAAUUGGUUACCACGUGAUAAUCAACAAGAUUGGCAAAUUGAAGGGGAAUUAAAAGAAUGCUGUGGUCGAUUAUUUGUUGAUUCAACGCCAGAAUUUUGUCCGCCGUUGGAGAAAAUAAUUGAUUUUUCAGAAAUUGAUGCAAUUUUAAUUUCCAAUUAUACAUGUAUGUUGGCAUUACCAUUUGUCACUGAAGGUACAGGAUUUAAGGGCGUGAUUUAUGCCACUGAACCAACAUUACAGAUAGGAAGAUUUUUUAUGGAAGAAUUAGUUGAAUAUAUUGAACAAACACCACGUGCUGCAUUAGCAAAACAUUGGAAAGAAAUGAUUCAUAUUUUACCACCACCAUUGGCUGAUGCACUUAAACCAAAAUCAUGGAAACAUAUUUAUUCAAUACAGGCUGUGAAUUCUGCAUUAUCAAAUAUACAAUUAGUUGGAUACGAUCAAAAAUUAGAUAUUUAUGGUGCAUUGACAGUAACUCCCAUAAGUUCGGGAUAUUGUUUAGGAAGUAGUAAUUGGUUAAUUUCGUGUGAUCAUGAGAAAGUGGCAUUUGUCAGUGGAUCAUCGACAUUAACGACACAUCCACGUCCUAUGGAUCAGACAACAUUAAAACAUGCGAAUAUGUUAAUUUUAACUGGUUUAACACAAACGCCUACUGCUAAUCCAGAUACAAUGUUGGGCGAAUUAUGCAUGAAUGUUGCAAUGACAUUAAGAAGUGGAGGUUGUGUUUUAAUUCCUUGUUAUCCUUCGGGAGUCGUUUAUGAUUUAUUUGAAUGUCUGAGUACGCAUCUCGAUAAAAAUGGACUCACACAAGUGCCUCUAUUUUUUAUAUCUCCAGUGGCUGAAAGUUCGUUAGCUUAUUCUAAUAUUUUAGCUGAAUGGCUCUCGACAAGUAAACAAAAUAAAGUUUAUCUUCCCGAAGAACCAUUUCCACAUGCAUUUCUUGUGAAAAAUGCAAGAUUGAAACAUUAUACAUCAGCCUAUGCUGAAGGUUUCAGUUCCGAUUAUAGGCAACCUUGUGUUGUAUUUUGUGGACAUCCAAGUUUAAGAUACGGAGAUGCUGUACAUUUUGUCCAACUUUGGGGCAACAAUCCACAGCAUACGAUUAUUUUUACAGAACCUGACUUUCCGUAUUUGGAUGCAUUGGCGCCAUUUCAACCACUUGCAAUGAAAGCCGUUCACUGUCCAAUUGAUACAUCAUUGAAUUUUUCACAAGCCAAUAAAUUAAUAAGAGACUUGAAACCGGAAAAUCUUGUUGUACCCGAAUGUUAUACACAAGCACCAAUUUCUGCUCCAUUGAGAACUGAUCUUAUAAUUGAACCAGUAGGCGAAAAGCCGCUAAUUACUUUUAAACGUGGCGAAGUUGUUAAAUUGCCAUUAAAACGAAAGAAAGGUCGAAUUUUCAUAGAACCUGAUUUAGCCGGACAUAUUAUUCCAAGUGAAAUUCGUCCUGGUUUGAGUCUCUCUUCAGUCACUGGUGAAUUGGAAGUCAAGGAUAAUGUUUACACUAUUAAGAAUAUUGAAGACAGACCAAGUGGAAAGCGAAGAAAUCCUUCAGUUGUGCCUGUUCCAAUAAAAGAAAUGGUUUUCAAAGCGAAAAAACAGGAAUACGGAAACAUUGAUCCCCAAGAAUUACUUCACAAAUUAAUUCAAGAGGGUAUUCAGGGUGCAAAAUUACAACACAAUCAAACUUCUACAAGCAUUCAUUUGCAAGAUGAAGACACAUUAAUUCAAAUUGGUGACAAUUCAACUCACAUAUUUUGUAAUGGUGAUCAAAAAUUAAGAAGACGAUUGAGAGGUAUAAUUAUGCAGUGCCUGAAAAGAUAUUGAACCAAACGGUGUAUAUUAUAUAUAUAUAUACAAAUAUAUAAAAGGGUAAGACUGAAUAAUUAAAACAUUUUGUAAAUA